UGGAUUCAGUCGGGCCGAGACUGCCUCGCAAGCUACAUCAUCCCCCACGUCUGUGUCUCUUGUUUGUUUUUGUGUUGGGUCCGCCAAGGUUUGUCUGUUCGGUGCCGUGUGUGAAGAGUAAACACAACUUUGUGGAUUCAUCAAAAAGCUGUGAAAACCACUGAAUCUGUGAGACUGUCCUUCCAGCUUGUUGGACUACGAGAGGACGAUCGAGAAGCUCUCGAGGGCUUAUUGGAAGACGCGCCGGCAAACCAGGAUUCAGCCGUCCAUAGCACCAGUGGCUAUCAAAACCGCCGUCAUCGCCGCUUCCUUGUCAUAUUCGUUACAGCCAUGGGUUUGCUCGGAGUCGCUGUCGCCAUUGUUUUGGCCACCGUUUACGGUAGUGCUUUCACCGAGGCUAAACCCUCGGCGAGACAAUUGGAGGGUUUUACUUUGGACGAAGUUCUGACUGGAAAGUUUUACGCCGAAUCCUUCAACGGAACGUGGAUUUCAGAUCACGAAUUUGGCUACAGAACUGCACAGUACGGCAUCAAUAUUUACGACGUCAAAACUUCAACGGCGACGGUGAUGGUGAAACCAGAAAUAGUGGCGCAAUUGGGGGCAGUUACCUACAAGUUUUCGUAUGAUCGAAAAUACGUGCUCUACGGUUUCGACAUUAAAUCGUCUUACCGGUAUUCGAGUUUGGCUCGCUAUUCCAUCAUCGACUUGGAAAAAGAAAUUGUUUAUCCGCUGAAACCUCGUCCAGACGAACCUCAGCCGCAAAUGCGUUACGCCACAUGGAACAAGAAAGAAAAUAAUAUUAUUUAUGUGUACGCCAACGAUAUCUAUUUCCGGCAGACGCCAGACUCUGCAGUACCUGAUGUUCGCCUCACCACUGAUGGUGAACACGAGGCCGUCUUCAAUGGCGUCCCUGAUUGGGUUUAUGAAGAGGAGGUAUUGAGUCAAGACAACGCUAUUUGGAUUGCCGAUAGCGGAGCUCGCAUGGUAUUUGCUUCUUUUGAUGAUCGUCAAGUCGACCACAUGGAAUUUUCUGUUUAUGGAGAGGCUGGUUCAAUAAAAGACCAGUAUCCAGUUACCAAUGCCAUUCGCUAUCCUAAGCCCGGUCGUCCUAAUCCAACAGUGGCCGUAUGGAGCGUCGAUCUGCAUAAGGAUGGAUCCGUCCAUAGCGGACCGCAUUUCAGCAAGGGUCUCAUUCCCAUUCCUGAAGAGUUCAGGCAAAAGGAUCAUUAUUUUACCACUGUUGCUUGGGCUACAGACGAUGAGGUGAUGAUUGCCUGGUUAAAUCGUCAUCAAAAUGUAUCCCUCCUUUCCUUUUGCAACAUCACGGCAGGAAUUUGCCAAACGGAAUACGAGAUUAGCGAACCCAAAGGAUGGGUCGAUCAAUACUCACCUCCGAAAUUUUCAGCCGAUGGCCGAAAUUUCCUGAUUAUUCUACCAGUUGAUCAGAUGAAUGAUGUGGGUAAUUUCAAACACUUGGUCCUUUACGACCGUGACACGAAGCAAUCACGCGCUCUUUCCAGUGGUCGGUGGGAAGUAACGGAGAUCCUUGGUUGGGAUGAACCAAACCACACGGCGUACUUCAUUGGCACAGCAACAGACAAGCCAGCAGUCCGCCAUAUGUACAAAGUGAGCACUAGUGCAGUUGGCGACGUUGUAUGCGUCACUUGUGGCACUUUUAAUGCUGAUUUGAAGGAGUGCACGUACAAUACGAUCGAAUUCAGUACCGAUAUGGGUUAUUACGUCCACGGUUGCGACGGCCCUAAUGCUCCUAGGUCUGUCAUCAAAGAGGCAGCUACGAACCGGGAAGUUUUUCUUGUGUCGAACAACGAUGUUCUACGCGAUAGACUUGCACAGAAAUCUCUUCCAAGACCACUGACUAUGCAAGUGCCGCUGGACGGUAAUUACUUUGCUCAAGUCAAGCUGUUGCUACCUCCGUCACUUAACAGGAACAGAGCUUCCCAAUAUCCUAUGCUAGUUUAUGUGUAUGGGGGUCCGAAUUCGCAACAAGUCUCAGAUCGUUACCGUGUUGAUUGGGGCUAUCAUCUGUCCACCUCUAGGGGAGUCAUUUAUGCGUUGAUUGAUGGUAGAGGAUCUGGUUACCAAGGAGAUAAAAUGCUUCACGAAAUUUAUCGGCGUAUGGGUACUGUCGAAAUUCAGGAUCAAAUUAAAGUGACAAAGUUCUUGAAGGAAAAUUUGCCAUUUGUUGAUGGAAAUCAGACGGCUAUCUGGGGAUGGAGUUACGGUGGAUUUGCCACGGCUUCCGCACUAGUUCAAGACACGGAGGACGUCUUUAAGUGCGGCAUGUCAGUGGCUCCAGUAACCAACUGGAUAUAUUAUGAUUCUAUCUAUACUGAAAGAUACAUGGGUCUUCCCACUGCCGAAGACAACUUAAAAGCUUACCAAGAUGGUGAUGUAUGCAAGUAUCCAGAAAACUUCAGAGGAAAGCAGUUUUAUCUGAUACACGGAACAGCAGAUGAUAAUGUUCAUUACCAACAGUCCCUGAUGUUAGCAAAAUCCCUUGAAGGUGCUGAUAUUCUUUUUAGGCAACAGAGCUAUACAGAUGAAAACCACAGCAUCAACACCUUCAAGAAGCACCUUUACCAUUCAUUAGGAACAUUCCUUAUGACUGACUGUUUUGAGAUCGAGAAUGAAGUAUGGGGUUAAAAUAUUUUCUUUUAUCUUUGAACCCCGCGAUCAAUGUCAUUUAUUCCCGGGUAUAACUACUCUUCUUUUGUUUGUACAAUCAGCAUAAUACACAAAACUUUGAAGUUUUUCACAUAU